UGUGAAAGCUGAUAACUGAUUUGCCACUUUAAGCCACUUGGUUGCACUUCUUGUUUUAUGACAUGACACCCAUUCGAUUUGCACUGCACAUGCGCUCUCUGCUCACUAAACGUUUCUUUUCAUGACUCUAACCAAUUCGUACUUGGCAUGUGUAAUUUUGUUAUGAGACGCGUCACACGCCGGAUUUGAAUUGCGCUGGCUAAUCAUUUUCACGUUGCCGUUUAUCUCUGUCGACAAGUGAACUUCUUAUUGGAAAGGAUGAGAACCUUUCAGCUUUAUGACGUCCUGAAAGAAUAUUUUUCAUCUGACAAUUUUAACUGCAGUUGAACAAAGAGGGAGUGAACUGAAAUGCGACGAAGUGCGGAUUGGGUAGUGACACUCACUCACUCAAUUGUACUGUUAGUCCUGAUGGCCAGUCCUCUCCUGGUGCCACUCUGAGUACUGGCACCGAGUCCCAACAUCACCAAUUGUUAGCUCUUUAAAGGAAUACUCUACCCAAACAUUACAUUUUUUAAUAUCUUACUUACCCCGUGUAGUUUAUACUGAUGGGUGACAAAUAUCUUCAAUCUGAUGUGUUCACGCUGAACAGAGAUAGCAAAGUUUCUGACAUGAUAGACAUUUAUAGUGACCAAUGUUAGACAAUAGCAAACAAUAUGAAAAUGUCCCUGACAAAAAACGUCACUUUGUGUUGCAUAAUCCACAUGUCAGAUCACCCACCGUCACAAUGUCCCAAAUGCUUUUGUUAAAUUAAUAACUUCUGGAAAAUGUGUGAAUGAAAAUGGAACACACCGAGUCAUGAAUGAGCACUUGACUUGGAAUAGCUGCCUCCUCGCCUCAUGCGUUGGUCACAAGUCCAUUCCAUUAAUGGCAGAUUCAUUGGCUCUCAUUGUACUUUACGUGAUAUCAACAGUGAGAGAUGUGUACAACUAAACUGAAAAGUUAAAGGAAGUGAGUGAGAAGAGAGCACACCUCGGGUUUGUGCAUAUCUGAGAUGUUUCAGUUCACCCGUGUAGUUUCACAGCCUGCCACUCAAUAAUCCCAAAGUACUCCAGUUGUGGUUAUGAAUGUAAUGACGUGAGGCAGGACCUACAGUUCGAAUGUCUCUUUUGCGUCUGAGUGCAUUCCACCGUGGGCGCCCAUUCUAGCAGGAACUUUGUUAUGUCCAUUUUACAUGAAUACAGGAGAUUAAAACAUUUUUGGCCACAAACUGUAUGGAGUCAGUAAGAUACUAAAAAAUAUUUUUGGGUGGAGUAUUCCUUUAACUGGUACAGGUGACGACCCAUGGCACCACCUGAUAACAGAAAACUGGCACCAUGACCCAUUAUUGUUUCUGCUUGGUGACGGCCUUUUGAUUGCUGCCCACUGAAAACUUCUUCACGCCAGCAGCUGCCCUUAUUCUCCUCAAAAAGCUUCAAUGCAUUUUGUUUUUGUUUUUUUUUUAAGAAUAUAGAAUUACAAAGGUAAGGUUGGUGAAUGUGAUCAAAUCAUUUUGAUAAGACCCCAGGACAGUAAGGCUUUGUCAGCUCUGUUAGCUGCACAGUUCUAAUCUCAAGUGUAAUCUCGGGCCCUUUGAUGACAGAAUUACAGCCGUGACGCUGCUGCGGUGCCCCCUCUCUUCGACAUUGGAAUGCCUUCUGGGUAUGCAGGACUAGUCACGACCUUAACGUCCUCAUAUAGACGAAACUGUUAAUUUAAUUCAAAAAUUAUUGUGUCAUUUUUUAAUCAAUAGUCUUCCACUGAAGAAGUAGUUAAUAAAAUUUAUGGAUGGAUAAUUUUCCAUGCAUAAGUGCCAUCGCUGAUUGUAACUGAAGGCAGUGGUGUAGGUAAGGGUGGGCCACCCCUGAUUGGCCAGAGGCCCAGCCAUUCAGCUCAUUUGAUAUGAAAUUUUCUGUUAAAUUUUGUAAUUGAUUCAGCAUUAGUUAUUUUAUCUUCAGUUUCGAUGUGGCAUGUCAAAUCCCAUUGGUUUACUGAAUUUUCAAUAAAUAAAUAAAUGAGGCGUCGUUACGGUGUAUGUGUAACCUGAUUGGUAACAGUCAUUAGACAGUUAACAGAACCUUAAGUUGCUUAAUUGAAUAUCUUCGACGAACACCAAGAGAGAACUUCUUAUUUUGAGGGACUACUACUGACGUGGUAAACAAAAAUAUCAAGGUUUUUCAAAAAGCCUUGAUUAGCUACAGUCUUCUUUCGGCUGCUCCCGUUGGGGGUCGUCACAGCGGAUCAUCUUCUUCUAUAUCUUUCUGUCCUCUGCAUCUUGCUCUGUUAAGCUACAGUAUAUGGAAUAAAUAUCCAGGAUGCGGAACACACAAUUUUUGUCCAACAGAUUAACAGAAAGGAGGAAACAAGACAGCAAAAAUUGUCAUCUCUUUUGGAGGUGCUUGACAACUGCCCUGUGGCCAUUUUCCCUAAUGGUAAGGCUUUGUUACGAGUAAUGGUCAAACUUCCGAGUACAACUUGCAGCGUUAAGUUUUUUCUAAUGCCUAAAUCAGAUCAAGAUGCGUUUGAGGUCAUCAGUUUUUUUCUUUUCUUUUUUUCAGCAACUUGACUAUCUUAUCUUUUGAGCAUGAUCUAGCUGAAAAUCGAGAUCAUGACAAAAUCAUCGACCAGUUCAAUAUAAAACCCUGACGUCUGCGUCUGGCACAAAACUUUACAGGAGAGGUAGGGCCUGAUUUUGUAUGUGUAUGUCGGCUAUGGCACAAUAACGUUUGAUUGCCUUGAUAAAUUUUUGCAUGAUCCUAAUAAUUUGGUUAUGUGAAUGUACCAUAGGAUGAAUAGAUGUAUUUUUUGGGAAAAGUGCCCUUGUACAUCCUACUAAAAAUUAGAACAGCCUAUUUUUUUACACAGGCCCACCCUAAAAUCUAUUCCUGGCUAUGCCCCUGAUUGAAGGCAGUAUCAUUAGGUACUUCGAGACCAGCAAAAUCAGCAGCAGCUUCUUUCAUAGAAACAGUUAACGGCCAUGGCUCUGUUCAGUCCGCAUUCAUUAAAACUUAGAAACAGGCAGGAGGACCAAGGCAGCAGUGCUGCAUUUGCCCCAGAAUGGGAUCUAUUGAGCUCUACAAAAGCGUCAAAUCAGUCGCGUCUUUUAAAACUGAGGUUAGUUUUCUCAAGAGGUUCAGGUGUCUGUCUAAUCAGAAUUCCAUUCAACUUCUGAACGCAUUUCAAAGGGGGCGGGGUUUAUUUCCGCGACAUAACGUCAUAUACAACAGACACGCCCACAUCCCCUGAAGCUCGCUUCUACAGGUGCGACCACGAACUGAAUCUGAAAUGAUAAUGGCUGGAUGUGACUAUUAGAAUGGGAUGCUUGUUAAACCCUUGUUAACUUAUUCUGCUACACUUCAACAUAAACUUGGGUUGUUUCCAUUAGAUUAGGACACAACCAUCUUCCGUUUUGGCACCGAGUGCACAGCCAAAGCUCAAACAGCGGACGGUGAAAGGGCAGCGCGCAUGAACGACAAAGAAUGACGCUUUUACUUAAGAGACUUAGCCGGCUUAAGUUAUCAUAUUAGAUUUCGUGUGCUCGAAUAAAUUAUAAAACUGCCUUAUUAUUAGCGAUAUAUAAUCUGCGUUUAUUUGCUAUGUGGUUGAACGACGCUGGCUGUCCUGUAUUAACCUAAUCGAACACACCUUGUUCACGCAGUCAUAAAGUGGGUUUUAUCCCGCACCACGUGGAAUCUCCAAUCAACCGGGCGUGUAUGCGCGUGCGCAAACGAGUGCAGAAAUCGAUUUUUAACAUCCCGUCCAGGAUUCUCCGUGCUGCUGACGUGCCCCGCUCCUGGCACUGCGACCUUGAAUUGGUUUAAGUGGACCUGCCACCGUUCUUUUAAAAUUCUCCGGUUACCCCGCAAGUACUGAUAAGUUUGCCAAAUUUCGAUUCCGACUGUAAAUCAAAGGUGCGUGCAGUGACUGGCGUCCCGACUCGGCAGCUCCAGGAUUGGCUCCGACUAAAGACAAAAGGGCAGAACAAUGCCUACACUAGAUAUGGUCAAAUUGUGUAUACUUCUUCCAUUGAAAGCGUAUGGCCGAAUAUACAUCGGAAAUGGAAAUAUUUACAUAUUUAUAUACGUUUUCUCUAUAAGUUCUCUCAGUCCCCUUCUUUUUCUUUUUGUGACUGCCCUCUGUCUCACCAGCCGGAUUCCAAUCUCCAUUUUCCUUUCGGUUCCCGUCGCUACAGAAACGGCGACGCAACAACAUUUGCGCUCAGGCACGUCUGUUCCUCCAUUUCUCCUACUUAAUUUGCCGACUUUCUGCUCGCAAUGGCAGUAAAUCCUAUCCGAGAUCAGAAGAAAACGCAUCGGCAAAGGGAUUUGCCCCGGAUGGUUAAAUCCAAGCGCAGAGUUGUGGUCGCCCCGUCCAUGAACGCAAAGGGUCCGUUCGGAGAGCCCAUGUGGCCGUUAGGGAUCCGUAAACUCGCACGUGUCCCUGAAAAGAAGGGUAACUCUUUCGGGACCCCUGGAUCUGAAGGUAGUCACGGCUCCCAGGAUGUGUGUAGUUCAGACAGAAGCAGGAGCUCCCGUGAGUCUGCAGAUUCGGAAUACCAGCAGUGGCUGAAGCAGCGCAGAAAGCUAAGAGGGGAGCUGGACAGCAUGGGGGACCUGAAGGGAUGGCUGCAGAACAAACCACAAGUCACCGAGUUGGAGACCGCGGUAAUGGACAGGAUGGAAGAGGAGAAAAAUGCGAGGGAUGCUGCAAGGGCAAUUCAACAUGGCAGUGCCACCCCACUCUCAUCCAUGGCUGGUGGUUCGUCGCACAAGAAGCCCCGGUGGCUCUCUACUCCGACCCCUGAGAUUCGCACUCCCUCUCCUCACGGUAUGACCAUAGUGCAGCGCUACUUGCGCAGGGCACACCUGCGUUUGGUGGACCUAUUCCAGCACCUUGACAAAAGCAAAACUGGCCAGGUGUCCAGGGAGGACUUCCGGAGGAUCAUCAGAGAGGUAGGAAUCCCCUUGAGUGACAAACAUGUGGAUGAGCUGAUUGUGGCUCUAAGCUCCAAAGAAGGCGACUCUGUCAACUACAGGGAUCUGGUGACUGGACGGGAUAUGUGGAUUCUAGAAGCUCGAGUGGAUUUGAAACAGCAGAUGAAAGAGAAAAUGACCCAGGAGGCAGAAUUUACCGGAGUCCUGCCAUCUCCCAGCAGGCAGCGGGAGCACCAGACUGUCUCCCCCAGUACGCCAUUCAGCUACAGCACCGAGUAUCGCAGCUCUCCAAGCUCGUUUCUGGAGGUCCCAUCCCCAAACCUUGAAGAGAGCCGGCCUUUGAGCUAUGAGGAGAUGGAGGAAAUUGGCAAGUGGGACCGGGAGCGCAGAAGAAGAGAGAAUAGAAGCACCAGUCACUUGGAAUGGCUUGAACAAUGUCGGGUAGUCAGGACGGGCACCCCUGCCGUGGACAGUCACAGCCUGCCUUCCACAAUGAAAGGAGAUAGCGGAGACCGUGUGGACACUUAUCGCCGGCAGUGCUUUCGGGAAUAUAGCGACAUUCUGCAGCUGUGUCAAAAUUAUAGCAUCCCACUGAGUGCACAACUCCUGGAGAGAGCUCUGCUGCACCCAGGAGAUAGGCUGCUGAUGGAUUCAGGUCACGUGCUCCCCAUCCGGCAGCCAGGGACAAGUCCUGCGGUCCGACUGUUCCGUGAUGACAAGAGGACUCUUGCCAGUGACUCUGAAGAGCACCUCCUGCCAUCCAGCGGACGACCCUCUGGAAGAUCUCAGUCUGAGAGGUUUCCAUACCCACUUAAAAAAUGUGUCAGCAAGGGUGGAAAGCUGAUGCAACUGUCUACUGGUGCAGCCAGAAUUAAAAGCAAAACAGACUGCUGGCUGACUUUUGAGGAGUACCAGGAAAUCACCAGCCAUCUGAAGCCACACCAAAGCCUCCGUGCUGAUCCCAAUGCUUUCUGGCCAGGACAGCUCCUAGAGAAUGUGCGACUAUGCUUAGCAGAUGACCAGGCGAAAUCCAGUGAUGCCCUGUUUUACUCCACCAGACAGAAUUCAGUAAUCAAUAUGGCGACCCAGAGACAAAGCUGGCCGAUUAGUGAUCAGGGCUAUGUGACCUAUGGUGACAUUGACAGAAAUAAGACUUACUCUCUGGGGUAAGCUAAGGAAAAACUGGAUAUCACAAGGUGCUACCCUUAAUAAACAUCGGCGACCAGA